AGUUCAUCAGAAAUGAUACAGAAACUAAGAAAUUCUCAUCCAAACUAUACUUUUUUUUAAAAAAAAGAAAGCUAUUAACCUCUUAACCUGGAAGGCUUCCCGUGUUUUAAAAAAUUGUACCGGAUCAGAGACACUCGCUCAGCAUUAACCAUCUACUUCAGUUAACUGAUUCCUGAUUUGGAAUACAUUGACAGUGUCCACCAAACCAUGCUGCUCUUUUCUAGCAUUAUCCGUUUCGUUGUGCUGCUGAAUGCCAACACCAGCUUUCACUUUCUACUCUACAAUGUCAGCUUCAGCUUCGUUUCUUGCUCCGUCCCCCUCUUUCGCUCCAUUCAGGGGUAGCAAAGAGGUUCCACGUAUGUUUUCAGUGUCUGACCUGAAAAGCAUAGCAUGCAACAAAAAGGAGAAUCGCACUUCAAAGCUUUACAUUAUACCCAUCACCACUGUUACUCGCUUUUGUGCCUCAAGAGCUUCACUUGAGUCCUUGCACUUUGCUGACACUAAUGCUAAUCAAAAUCACAGAAUAAACGAAUUUGAGACAGAGUUGAACGAGUUCUUUGAUGAAGUGAAAACAAUGAUUAGAAUGGGAAAAAGAGAUGAUGCUCUUGACCUACUUAAUGCAAAUUAUGAAGUGGUCAAAGAUCGGAUGAAUGCCGGCUCUAAAGGCAUUCAAGAAGCUGCAAUUCUGGAUGUCUUAGCGCUGGGUUAUGUGGCUGUUGGAGACCUAAAAACUGUUGCUUUUUUGUUGAAUGUGAUGAGAAAAGUGAUUGACAAUUUGAAAGAUGACACACCACAUCUAGAUUUGAUACUUAUGCAUAUGGGAAGUAUGUAUUCAACAUUGAGCAAGUUUGGAAAAUCACUGGACACAUAUCAAAGGGCUUUCAACAUUAUGGAAAGGACCUAUGGUAAGGACAGCCCUUUUCUUGUCACACCCUAUUUGGCUAUGGCAAAGGUUCUUGGUUCAACUGGAAAAGCAACAAAAGCCAUAGAGAAAUACCAGUCUGCAAUAACUAUUUUGGAGUCUAAGAGAGGUGCUGAAAGUAAGGAUUUGGUUGUACCUUUACUUGGUCUUGGCAAUCUUUUACUGAAAGAAAGAAGAGUCAACGACGCAGAAACUCAUUUUACUAGGGUUCUCGACAUAUACACAAAGUCAUAUGGACAAAAUGAUGGAAGAAUUGGAUUGGCCAUGAGUUCCCUAGCCCAAGUUAAGUGUGCUCAAGGGAAGUCAGAUGAAGCAAUCAAUUUGUAUGAACAUGCACUUCAUGUCAUGAAAGAUUCCAAUUACUUGUCGGCAGAUGACAGCAUCAUGGAAAAGAUGAGGGUAGAUCUUGCUGAGUUGCUUCAUGCUGUCGGGAGAGCACAAGAAGGCAGAGAAUUAUUAGAGGAAUGCUUAUUAAUCACAGAGAGGCACAAAGGAAAAGGUCACCCCGGCUUAGUGACACACAUGAUAAAUCUUGCAACUUCAUAUUCCCGAUCGAAGAAUUAUGCAGAGGCCGAGCACUUGUUGAGAAGAAGUUUGGAAAUAAUGAUAAAGCAGAAAGGAAGCGAUGACCAGUCCGUCAGCUUUCCAAUGUUGCAACUUGCAGUUACGCUUUACCACUUGAAACAAGAUGAAGAAGCUGAGAAACUGGCACUGGAUGCUUUGCGCAUCCGUGAGAAGGCAUUUGGAGAAGAUUCUCUUCCAGUUGGGGAGGCUUUGGACUGUUUGGUGUCUAUUCAAACUCGAGUUGGUAAAGAUGAGAGCGAGUUAGUUGUGCUACUUAGAAGGAUUCUAGGUAUACAAGAGAAAGAAUUUGGAUACGAGAGUGAGGAAGUUUUGGUUACAGUGAAAAAGAUUGUAUUCUUGUUGGAUAAACUAGGGAGAAGAGAUGAAAUGCUUCCCUUGCAGAGGAGGUUGUCUCUGCUUAGAAAGAAGUAUAAGCAGAUGAUUCAUCACUGA